AUGAAUCUAUCCACGACAAUUGCAGAACUUUCACCCCCGCCGGCGGGGGUAGAUCUCUCACAGAAUCAGAACCUUCCCAAUAAUAUCGCCAUCAUUAUCGUGUUUGCUUUAGCCGCGAUUAUCCUUCCUAUACGCGUCGUGGUGCGAAUCCGUACCAAUAAGAAGCUCCGACUUGAUGACUGGAUCAUGAUCAUUGCCGUUGCUCCUCUUGGUGCACUCUUCGCGAGCAAUUUUGUCGCCGAUCACUACGGACUGGGAAAACAUGUUUGGCUCUGUACAGUCGGGAACAUGAUCACAAUGAAAAAGUUGCUCUUCGUCUCCUUAGUAAUCUAUAAUUUUGAGCUCUGCAUGAUCAAAGUAUCGAUCCUACUGUUCUACCGUCGCGUCUUCGGUAUGAAUCCGCUAAACUGGCUGGCUUGUUUCUUCUCCAUCGGCUGGGUCAUCGGGUGUACUGUCGCACUCUGUCUCGCUCCUACCCCGAUAUCAUAUUUCUGGACACAAGUCGAUGAUGAAUCGGGUGGACACUAUCGAUACAGCUUCUAUCAGUAUUACAUCGCCAAUGCGGCUACCAAUGUCGUCUGUGAUUUCCUUGUUAUGAUGGUUCCACUCCCCAUCAUUUGGAGGCUGAAGAUGCGCGUUGCGCAGAAGAUUAUGGUUUCCAUUGUUUUGUUCUUGGGUUGCUUUGUCUUCGCAGCGAGUAUUAUCAGAAUCCACUACCUCACGAAACUCAAAGGUGAAGGUCUGGUCGAUAUCACGUGGACUAUCGCUCCCGUCUGUCUCUGGUCCACCAUUGAGCCCUGCAUCUCCGUGAUCGGAUCCUGUCUUCCGGCGAUGCAGCCAAUCGUGCAGUGGGCCCUGCAGUUGGAACACAACUACCAUAUCCGGAAACACAUGCCAUGUAGAGCGAGAGAUUCUCUCCGCGGGAUCUUCGGUGCAGAUGUGGAAAGUACGGGACGCAGUAUCACACCCGUUGAUUCAUUUGGAGGAACGAAGGAAAAUGAUGCAGUGAGGUUGUUUGCUCACGCAACCCGGGUGGAAGCUAGUCCUGAGCCUAUUUAUUGGAACUUGGACCCGUUGGAGGAGUAUCUUGGAUUGAAUUAUAUCCGAGUCAAGCAUGAGAUUGAGGUUACUAUUGAUCGGAAGUCCGAUGUUGAAUGUUGA